AUGAGCAUUGGCUUUACCCCAUUGGGGAGCUCUGCUCAGGGACCCAGCCCCGAGAUCUGCGUGGGGGAGCUGGCUGGUGCGGAGACCACCCUGGACACGGUGGUCGCGGUCACCCUUGACACGACGGGCACGAUCCCUGGUCUCUGUUGGCAUCAGUCCCCACACGUGCCUGGGCUGGCCAGGUCCACCAUGCAUCGCUCCCACGGGCGCGGAAGAGCCAAGCGCUGUGUGUUUCCCACACUGAAACGCAACGUUGAGGUUAAUCCUGUAGCCCUAAUCCGUGAGGGAAGAAACCCGGCAGGCACCGAUCGCACCCAGAGCCGUUCCAAGAGGUUUGGACUAAGCAACAAAUUUGAAGCAGAAUUUCCUUCAUCUUUAACUGGAAAGGUUGCACCCGAAGAAUUUAAAGCCAGCAUCAGUAGAGUUAACAGUUGUCUUAAGAAGAACCUUCCAGUUAAUGUACGAUGGCUACUUUGUGGAUGCCUUUGCUGCUGCUGCACUUUAGGUUGUAGUAUGUGGCCAGUUAUCUGCCUCAGUAAAAGAACACGAAGAUCGAUUGAGAAGUUAUUAGAAUGGGAAAACAAUAGGUUAUACCACAAGCUGUGCUUGCAUUGGAGACUAAGCAAAAGGAAAUGUGAAACGAAUAACAUGAUGGAAUAUGUCAUCCUUAUAGAAUUUUUACCAAAGACACCGAUUUUUCGACCAGAUUAG